AUGUCCUCCCGCCCUCAGAACAUCGGCAUCAAGGCCAUUGAGAUCUAUUUUCCCUCUCAGUGCGUUGACCAAGCUGAACUCGAAAAGUUCGAUGGAGUCAGUCAGGGAAAAUACACCAUCGGCCUUGGACAGACCAAGAUGAGCUUCUGUGACGACCGGGAAGAUAUCUACUCCAUGUCCCUAACGACCCUCUCCUCCCUCCUCCGCAAGUACUCAAUCGAUCCCAAGUCCAUUGGCCGCCUCGAAGUCGGCACAGAAACCCUCCUCGACAAAUCCAAAUCCGUAAAAUCAGUCCUGAUGCAACUCUUCGCGGAGUCCGGAAACACAAACGUCGAAGGCGUCGACACCGUCAAUGCCUGCUACGGCGGCACAAAUGCCGUCUUCAACUCAAUCAACUGGCUCGAGUCGUCCGCCUGGGACGGCAGAGAUGCCGUCGUCGUCACGGGUGAUAUCGCUCUGUAUAAGAAGGGCGCUGCCCGUCCCACCGGUGGCGCGGGCUGCAUCGCCAUGCUCAUUGGUCCCGAUGCACCCAUUGUUUUCGAACCGGGUCUCCGCGGCUCCCACAUCACCCACGCAUAUGACUUCUACAAACCAGAUCUCACCAGCGAAUACCCAUACGUCGACGGCCACUAUUCCAUCAGAUGCUACACGCAGGCCGUCGAUUCGUGCUACAAGGCCUACAAUGCCAGGGAGAAGGUCCUAAAAGCUAAAUCCACCCACCAGAAUGGCCAUGCUUUCAACAGCAGCAACAGCAGCAGCAGCAGCAACAGCAGCAGCAGCAGCAACAGCAACAACAACAACAGCAACAACAGCAACAGCGUAAAUAGCAACGGGGCGGCACCUGCCACAGGGGACAACGAUGACUCCAACACCCCCCUCGAUCGCUUCGACCAUGUCAUCUUCCACGCCCCAACAUGCAAGCUCGUCGCCAAGUCCUACGCACGCCUGCUAUACAAUGACUUCCUUGCCGAUCCCGCCCACCCAGCCUUCGCUGAAGUCCCCGCUGAGCUCCGAGAUCUGGACUACGAAGCGUCCCUAAGCGACAGGAACGUGGAGAAAGCGUUUAUGGCCUUGACGAAGAAGCGGUUUGGCGAGCGCGUGCAGCCAUCCAUCGAAGUGCCGACGAUGUGCGGGAAUAUGUACUGCGCAAGCGUCUAUGGGGGUCUUGUGAGUCUCUUAGCGAAUGCGACUUUCGAUCCGGCGGAGAAGGUGAAGAGGGUUGGUAUCUUUAGCUAUGGUAGUGGGUUGGCGAGCUCGAUGUUUAGCGUUAAGGUUGUUGGGGACGUGUCGACUAUUGUGGAGAAGAUUGAUUUGAAGAAGAGGCUUGCGGCACGGAAGACUGUGGCGCCUGAGGUGUAUGAUCAGAUGUGCCUUAUGCGCGAACAUGCUCAUCUCAAGAAGGACUUUGUCCCGGCGGGGAACACGGACACCAUCAUCCCUGGAACCUACUACCUGACCAAGGUGGAUGACAUGUUCCGACGCGAGUACGAGAUCAAGGCAUAG